AUGUUGGAUGAAACGGGUGGAUGGAAGUACGACGACUGUGAUGACCAAAAUCCCCGCUUAUGCUCUGAUGGCCUGUUCGGUGUUCCUGUCACUGUGUGCUGCGAGGCUAUUGUAACAGCUGUAAAAAUCUUUGGUAGUCAGGGAGGGCGAAGUCUUCGUAGAAUCAUCCUGAUUGAUAACAGAGGAGAGGUGGUGAGGGCCAUGCAGGAAGCAUGUGACAGGUUUCUUCAGGGGAUAAGUCCUGGAAACAGUACACCAAGUGAUUUGGGGUUCCAGAUGGGUGCUGCUGCCCAACACACAGCAAGAGGAGCCCCUGCUGGGGGAAGUGUCCACAUAGAGGUCAUUCAGGGAACUAUUGAGACCCAGCAGGUGGAUGUGCUGGUUUCUCCUAUGGCUGGCCAUAGUCCUUGCUCUACCCGCAUUGGAAACAUUUUGUCCAAUGUGGUUGGAUCUGAGCUGACUGCAAAGUUUGAAAAGGAAGCAGCAGGAGGAGUUACACUGCCUGGCGACAUAGUACUGGUGGAGGGCUUGGCUGGACUUCAGUCUAAAGCAGUGAUCUUCCUCAAUCUUGCACGCUGGCAUAAUAGCCAACAUGACAAUGCAGUUCAGGUUCUGAGGCAGGGCAUAAGAAAGAUUCUUGCUUCCUGCUCGAUCAAACGCUAUAGUUCAGUUGCUCUCUCUGUACUUGGGACUGGUGCUGUCCUGAAAUUUCCUCACAGCUUAGCAUCCAGGGUUAUACUUGAGGAAGUCAAAGUAUUUGACCAGGACCGAGCCAGCGCAUCACCUUUCCUGAUCCGUAUCAUCAUUCACCCCAACGACAGAGAAUCUAGCAUGGCCUUUCAGUCUGCCCAGGACACCCUGCAUCUCAGAGGGUUCACAAAUGAUGCUAACCCAGACCAAGCUUCCUUUUAUCGCCAUGUCUCUGCAACUAAUGAUGAGAUCACAGCAAUGCUGGGCGGAGUCAGACUUCAGAUGGUCCUUGGUGACAUCACAAAUGAGGGCACCGAUGUCAUUGUCAACACAACUGACUUCUCUAAUAACCCGGCAGGUGUCUCCAAAGCUAUUCUGACUGCAGCUGGGCCUGCUGUCCAAGCAGAGUUAGCACAAGUGGGCAUUCCAUUAGACCCCAUGUGUACAACAGGAGCCGGGUUCCUUGGUUGCAGGAAAAUCAUCCAUGCUAGUUUUAUGGGUGAUCCUCAGGUGAGUCGCAAGAACUGCAAAAAGAUACUGAAGAAGUGUGAGAGGGAACGCUAUUGCUCGGUAGCCUUCCCAGCCAUCAACACUGGUGCAGGUGGUAUGGACUCUGUUGAAGCUUGUAAAGCCAUGCUGGAUGGCAUGGUUUCAGCUGUUAGGGACUUGAAACCAAAGUUCCUCUCACUCAUCCGCAUUGUCAUCCUGCAGCAACCGAUCUUUCAGGCUUUCAGAUCAGAGCUGGAGAAUCGAUUUGGACAAAUUGCCCCUCCUCGCUUAAACCUGAAAGAAAAAGCAAAACAAAUACUCAAGAAGUGGAUAGGGAAGCAAUCAAGAACCUCCACAUCAUCAGCACCAGAAGAAUACCCCUUGACCUCCUCAAAGCCUCAGCCAGCUAUAAUGAGUGUGAUUUGUCGCAGAUCAGACACCAUGACUAUCAAGAGAGAUUUGGAGAGUAUCCUGCAGAAUCAGCUGGAGGAAAGAGAGGUAGAUGUGUGUGAUUUAUCCAGGCUCAAUGACAUGGAGCUGGAGGCAGUGAAGGCAAAUAUCAGAGUCUUAGGAAUAAGUGUUGAGCGAAGGAGACAUCUACCUUCUGAAAGUGUGAGCAGCAACAGAGCAAGAAGCACAGCUGGUGCUGAAGCUAAAGCUCAUUCAGGGUCAGGGAAAGAUGUCUAUGUGCUGAAAGGCCUAAAAGAGGAUGUUCUGAGCAUCAUUGAGCUUGUGAACAGAGCAGUUAACAAAGCACUUUGUGAAGACCUCCAGGACAAAAACGAAGCAAUGUUGGCUCUUGGCAUCCAGUGGUCUAUUCAAGAUAUAAAAGGAGUCUGGAACGAGCUGAGUCUGCAUGACAACUACAUUCUGGAGGACACUUACAUCAACAAACUUGUGUUUGUAGACCUGAAAGCACCAGACGGCAUGAAUGUGAAGGUAAAUCUGAAGGAACAACAAGCCACAGAUUUGAUAACGGGCAUCACAUACAAAGUGAAAAGGAUAGAGACUGGAACAGCCCUAGAGUUACCACCACACUGGGAACCUAUGCACAACGAAGUCUUUAAAAAGGUCGAAAUACAACCUAACUCGCCAGAAUACCAGACCGUAGCCCAGGGUUUCCACAGGACAGCUAGAAAUAACAUUCAGAAAAUUGAGCGUGUGCAAAACCUCUACCUGUGGUAUGCCUAUACUGUCUGUAGGGAGCGUAUACUUGCCAAGAAUGGUCUAGCAGAACUUGGGGAGAUGUCUCUCUACCAUGGCACAUCAGCAGAAUCAUGCAAGUGCAUUGAAAGGGACAAAUUUGACAGGCGCUUCGCUGGAGCACAUGCUGCCAUGUAUGGAAUGGGAGUUUACUUCGCAGUCAAUGCAGAGUAUUCGGCCAAUGGAUAUUCCCCACCAGACGCAUCAGGUCUGAAGCGGUUCUACCAGUAUUCUUACUGUGUUUCUUGCCUGAGCCUGCCUUAG